AUGGUAAUGCUACGAUUGACCGCUGAGCAAUAUCGAAAGCUGCCGAUUCUGGUGGACGAUAAGACAUGCAUUGGCAAGACCUACAUCAUCACAGGGGGCAACUCGGGUCUGGGUCUCGAGACGGCGCGACACCUUGUCGCGGCGUCGGCUACGUGUGUUGUGCUGGCCGUGCGGAAUCUUAAGGCAGGAGAAACGGCCAAAAAUGACAUUGAGAAAACAACUGGCCGCAAGGGAGUGGUCCAGGUGCGACAUAUCGACAUGUCAACCUACGCGUCAGUCCAGAGCUUCGUCAAGAAGGUCACAGAGGAGCUCGACCGAAUCGACGGCUUUGUCUGCAAUGCAGGACUCAUGAUUGAUGCAUGGUCGCAGUCUGAGGGCAUGGAGACGAGCAUGUUUGUGAACGUUAUCAACACCGUUUUCCUCGGUGCCCUCAUGAUGCCGAAACUCAAGGAGUGUGCCACCAAAUUCAAUAUCAAGCCCACACUUGUCUUUAUCGUCAGCGUCCUUGGGUACACCGUCAAGAGCGAGAUGGACAAGAGCCGAAACGGCGUCAUAUUUGAUGGGCUCAACGACCAACAGCGGGCUAACAUGGACUCGAGAUACGCACUCACCAAGCUUGUGGAAGAGUGCGCCGUCCGCCAGUUCGCCGCCCUCUGUCCUGUCGAGCGUACAGGCGUGGUUAUCACCAUGGUUGCGCCUGGUCUGUGUACGACCGGCCUCGGCCGUGACGCCCGGACCUUCACCAAGAUUAUGCACGAGGCGGUCCGGGCCCGGAUGGCGCGAACCGCAGAGGAAGGCAGCCGCACCAUUCUACACGGGCUGGUGGUGGGCGAGGAGGGCCAUGGCAAGCUGUUGUCCGGUUGUAAGAUCAAGGAAUUUUGGGUGCCUACGUGGCUCACUGACGAGGAAGGUCAGAAAUUGCAGAAGGGUAUCUGGAACGAGCUUGUUGCCAGGCUGGAGGCUCAGCAGCCCGGCUGUAUCUCGCAGCUCAAGUAG